UUUUGACGUUUACGUCAGUUCAGGGAGAUUUCUGAAACGUGAAAUUGUUCCAAGUAUUUGUUGUGGUGGUAAAGUGUUUCAUUAUUAAUAAAAAUGUCGAACGAAGUCGAGGAAACCAUGAAACGGAUCCAAUCCCAUAAGGGAGUAGUAGGAACAAUAGUUGUCAACUCAGAAGGCAUACCUAUCAAAACAACAUUGGACAACACAACAACUGUUCAGUAUGCUGGCCUGAUAAGUUCACUAGCAGAUAAAGCUAGAAGUGUGGUUAGAGAUCUAGAUCCUUCCAAUGAUCUCACAUUUCUGAGAAUCAGGUCAAAGAAACAUGAAAUUAUGGUAGCUCCUGAUAAAGAGUUUAUUCUUAUAGUGGUACAAAAUCCAACAGAUUAGGGUUUUAUUGUGUUCUUAAAAUUUGAUAGCUUAAUUUAGGGACCUAAUGUUAAAAUAGUCCAUUUAUGCACAUUUUAUUGAUAAUAUUAUUUUCUACUCAACUUUUGAUAAUGCUGAAUUUAUUGAUCCAACUCACCUAAGCAACUUCUGCUAGAUCAUUUGAAGAGAAUGGAUUUUUAUUCUGAGGAUCUAUAAAUCUUUUUAUGCUUUAUUGUUUAUUAAAUUUUUCAUAUAUUAUCAAGAGUUUAAUUUUUCUACACCAUUCAGGCAAGCCUGAGUUGAAGUAUUCCUUCCAUGGAUAAUUUUGAAAUAGAAUUGAUGUAUAUUUUGUUUAAAAAAGUAAAAUAUGAAUAUGACCAAAAAAAGCAAUCAUUUAAAAAAAUAUCACAAAACUUUGGUAUAUUUGUAGAUUACUCCUUGAUAUAGGAACAUUCGGAUUGCAGCAGAUGUGGAAUCAGAGUACCUGGCCAUAUAUAUUUUGGCCAAGGAAUCAGGUUCCUGAAAAAUCAAUAACCAACCACCAAAAAAUCACAUAGGAAGCUAUGACUUGUGAUCAAACUUAAUAUAAGUAGGAAAAUUAUUGAGUACUGGUCAUUCAAGUCAUUGAUAAUAUGGAAAUAUUGAUAAUAAAAAAAAAUAUCCAUGGGGAGUGUUGCAAAAUAAUAGAUAUUAAACAAGGGUUUG